CCUAUGUAAAGCGGCCCCGUGAGGGUUCGCGCCACCGCUAGGCUCCGUGUCCCUCCGCGCAGGCGGGCGGCCCCGGAGAGCUAGUGCUGCGAAGGCGGCGACGGCGGCGCCCCCUCCUCAUCAUGCAGGCAGGAAGACAACUGGCUCAGAGAGGUGCUGCUGACACACAGCAAAGAGAAUAGAGGCUUCUCCCGAAAGAGCCAAACGUUCCUGCCCAAGAUCUUCUUCCGAAAAAUGUCAUCCUCAGGGGCCAAGGACAAGCCAGAGCUGCAGUUUCCCUUCCUGCAGGACGAGGAGACGGUGGCCACACUGCAGGAGUGCAAGACACUCUUCAUCCUGCGUGGCCUGCCCGGGAGCGGCAAGUCCACGCUGGCCCGGGUCAUCGUGGACAGGUACCGGGAUGGCACAAAGAUGGUGUCGGCCGACGCUUACAAGAUCACUCCCGGCUCUCGGGCAGCCUUCUCUGAGGAGUACAAGCGGCUGGACGAGGACCUGGCUGCCUACUGCCGCCGAGACAUCCGAGUCCUUGUGCUGGAUGACACCAACCAUGAGCGGGAGCGGCUGGAGCAGCUCUUUGAAAUGGCUGACCAGUACCAGUACCAGGUGGUGCUGGUGGAGCCCAAGACAGCGUGGCGGCUGGACUGUGCCCAGCUCAAGGAGAAGAACCAGUGGCAGCUGUCGGCCGACGACCUGAAGAAGCUGAAGCCUGGGCUGGAGAAGGACUUCCUGCCACUCUACUUCGGCUGGUUCCUGACCAAGAAGAGUUCUGAGAGUCUCCGCAAAGCUGGCCAAACGUUCCUGGAAGAGCUGGGCAACCAUAAGGCCUUCAAGAAGGAGCUACGACACUUUGUCUCUGGAGAUGAGCCCAGGGAGAAGAUUGAACUCGUCACCUACUUUGGGAAGAGACCCCCGGGUGUGCUGCACUGCACAACCAAGUUCUGUGACUACGGGAAGGCUGCUGGGGCAGACGAGUACGCCCAGCAGGAUGUGGUGAAGAAGUCUUAUAGCAAGGCCUUCACAUUGACCGUCUCCGCCCUUUUCGUGACACCCAAGACGACAGGAGCCCGAGUGGAGCUGAGCGAGCAGGAGCUGGCCUUGUGGCCAAACGACGUGGACAAGCUGUCCCCUUCUGACAGCCUGCCGCGGGGCAGCCGUGCACACAUCACCCUGGGCUGCUCAGGUGACGUGGAGGCUGUGCAGACGGGCAUUGACCUGCUAGAGAUUGUGCGGCAGGAGAAGGGGGGCAACCGUGGUGAGGAGGUGGGUGAGCUAAGCCGGGGCAAGCUCUACUCCUUGGGCAGCGGGCGCUGGCUGCUGAGCCUGGCCAAAAAGAUGGAGGUCAGGGCCAUCUUCACUGGAUACUACGGGAAGGGCAAGGCUGUACCCACACGCGGUGGCCGCAAGGGUGGCGCCUUUCAGUCCUGCACCAUCAUCUGAGUGUCUGGGUAGCUGAGUGCCUCUCACUUUUUAUAAGGGAAGGGGGAGGAAAGGGAAGCACCCCUCUGCUUGAUCUUUGUUUCAUGUAUUUUUUUUUUUACUCAAAGUUAACCUUCCUGUAACUUUUUAAAAACUUGUAAAAUAACUGCUCCUCUUUCCCUACUCAUGUUCUUCCCCUCUUAAUGCUCAAGCUUGCAACACAAGGGGGUGGUAGGUGCCCUUCAGGAACCAGGACCAAAGCUGACGAGGCUGGGCCUGGACCAGGGCCACGACCCUGAGCCCCACUUCCAUUACUACUCCCCCAGGUCCAACGCCCUGCGCAGAGCUGACUAGUGCAGGGAGACACCUCAGUACUGCGUGUUACGCACAGGGUGGUCACCAUGGCCAUGGAAGACUAGUGAUGCAUUUGAGAGGGGAGGAUCCCUGGGCUUAGAGCCCAUUUCCUAAAUCUGUGUAGCCCCAGGAAGCCUACAGCUGUUUACCAGGGUACAAAAGGGGUUUACCUCUCACCUUUGGUCCUAAGUGCCUGUCCCCACCUCCUCACACUGUAACUAGAUAACAGUUUGAUAACUAGGGAGGAAAACAAUAAGCAGCAGCCACAUCCCAGGCUGGCUACAGGUCUCACCCCAGGAAGGGCCUGGGCUGCCAUCCUUGCAGCGGUGCGGCUCUGCUGUGUGGAUGGGGAGAUCAAGGCCAGAG